UUCGAGGUUAGAAACGAUUGUGUAAUGUCAAAUAAUAAACAGGAAUUUCUAUAUAAGAACACUAAGGGAAUUAAUUUGACAAUAUUUUCUAAUUAAAAACACUCAAAAAACGAAAACAAAUAAUUAGUGGCCUGACGUUGUUGGCACAUAAACUAUGGCUAAGUAUUUGGCGCAGAUAAUUAUGCUUGGAGGGCAGGCUAUCGGUCGUGCUUUUGCAAAAGCGUUAAAGCAAGAGAUCGCUGCUUCACAGGAGGCGGCACGACGUGGUGGUGGUGGUCAACAAGGCGAGAAACGUGCUGAAGCAAAUGCGCGGACCGGCAUGACACUGGAAGAGGCGAAACAAAUAUUAAACGUGGAUGAUUUGAAAGAUCUGGAAAAGAUUGUCAAAAACUAUGAACACUUAUUUGCUGUGAAUGACAAAGCGAAAGGUGGUUCCUUCUAUCUGCAAUCGAAAGUUUUUCGCGCUAAGGAACGUAUAGAUACGGAGUUAAAACAACAAAUGGAUGCGGCGCGAGCGAAGAAAGACACAACGUGAUGAGAAGUAAUUUAAAAUAAGUCGAAGGAAGUAAAAAGGAAGUCAUCUGUACAAAUAAAAACAAAACAAGGACAGAGGACGACGCGAAAGGCAAACAAUGAUCGAAUUGAUGUGCGCACUGUUUUUGUAUAAAAAAUUCUCGAUGAAAUUGUAAAUAUAUUAAUGCUGUCGUCCGAAUGCUGCUCAUGUAAUUCCCUUAGUUGUAUUUACUUGUUACAAAGUUCCUCUAUUUAGAUGAAAACCUUGUUUUGCACCCAUAAUUUUUAUUUUAGAUCUGUUAGGAAUUUACGCUUAAUGUAGUUGUUAAACGAAUAAAAAAUGGAUUGGUGAGAAAAAUCAUGUUACUACGAUAAAUUAA